CAAGCCUGCCCUUCCUCCUAAGCCCUGCCGUCGUCAGGAGGCGAAACCACCCUUCCCCGGGCUGGCGGAGCGGUUGAAGAGAGAAGGGAAGCCGUUCCCUCAGUACAAGAUGGAGGAUUCGUGAGCCGCGGCGACACCCAGACGGCUCGCCGCCAGUUUUGUCUCCGUCAGUCUCGGAGAGGGCGCCGGGGAUUCGAACCGGAUCGUCCCCUGUCCUUCGCCGGUUCCCGGAGCCUUGGCAAGGCUGGCACCCACCCCCUUUUUGUCCGGCUAACCGUGCAUCGAAGAAAGCCUGGUGCUCUUGUUUCCUGGAGCCCCAUAUAAAGCGGGCAAAAGGCGAGCCUUUCCCGUUGCUGUUCUCCCCCACGCCACCCCGCCCCGACUUCUCGCCAAAGAAAAAAAAGUCACAGCAGCAAAUGUGAUAGAAAAUUGAAACAGUGUCAUAAUAACUGAACUUAAAUGUUCUACCACUGACAAAGGAAAAAUGGCAUUCAGUAAAGGGUAUCGAAUCUAUCAUAAAUUGGACCCACCACCAUUCAGUGUGAUAGUAGAAGCCAGAAACAAGGAAGAAUGUCUCAUGUUUGAAUCUGGAGCUGUGGCUGUUCUCUCAUCUGCAGAGAAAGAAGCAAUCAAGAAUAUGUAUUCCAAAGUAAUGGAUGCGUAUGGACUUCUAGGUGUGUUAAGAUUAAAUCUAGGGGAUACAUUGCUACAUUAUUUAGUCCUUGUCACCGGAUGUAUGUCUGUGGGAAAGAUACAGGAAUCUGAAGUUUUUCGUGUCACUUCCACUGAUUUAAUAUCUUUGCGAGUUGACCCAUCAGAUGAAGAACGGAUCUCUGAAGUGCGCAAAGUUUUGAAUUCAGGAAACUUUUAUUUUGCAUGGUCUUCUACUGGUGUUAGUUUGGAUCUUAGUCUAAAUGCCCACCGUAGCAUGCAGGAACAAAGCACUGAUAACAGGUUCUUCUGGAAUCAAUCACUGCAUUUGCAUCUUAAACACUAUGGAGUGAACUGUGAUGAGUGGCUGUUGCGUCUCAUGUGUGGAGGAGUAGAGAUUAGAACAAUUUAUGCAGCUCAUAAACAAGCAAAAGCUUGCAUUAUUUCACGACUAAGCUGUGAACGAGCUGGGACCAGAUUUAAUGUUCGAGGAACAAAUGAUGAUGGUCACGUGGCUAAUUUUGUUGAAACUGAACAGGUAAUAUUCCUGGAUGAAUGUGUGUCUUCUUUUAUACAAAUUCGUGGAUCUGUUCCAUUAUUUUGGGAGCAACCAGGUUUGCAGGUUGGGUCUCAUCGUGUCAGAAUGUCAAGAGGAUUUGAAGCUAAUGCACCAGCUUUUGACAGACAUUUUUGUACCCUCAAAAAUCUGUAUGGCAAGCAAAUAAUUGUGAAUCUUCUUGGAUCAAAAGAAGGGGAGCAUAUGCUUAGCAAAGCUUUCCAGAGCCAUUUAAAGGCAUCUGAACAUGUCGAUGACAUCAAAAUGGUGAACUUUGAUUAUCAUCAAAUGGUCAAAGGUGGAAAGGCAGAAAAGCUGCACACCGUUCUUAAACCUCAGAUACAGAAGUUCUUAGAUUGUGGAUUUUUUUUCUUUGAUGGAAAGGAAGUUCAAAGAACUCAAAGUGGUACUAUAAGAACAAACUGCUUGGAUUGUUUGGAUAGAACAAAUAGUGUUCAGGCAUUUGUUGGCUUAGAGAUGCUAACAAAACAACUAGAAGUUUUAGGUUUGGCUGAAAAACCUCAAUUGGUUACUCGGUUCCAGGAAGUGUUUAGGUCCAUGUGGUCUGUUAAUGGUGAUUCAGUCAGCAAAAUAUAUGCUGGAACUGGAGCUCUGGAGGGAAAAGCAAAGGCUGGAAAGUUGAAGGAUGGUGCACGUUCUGUGACCCGAACAAUUCAAAAUAACUUUUUUGAUAGCUCAAAACAGGAAGCUAUUGAUGUUUUAUUGUUGGGGAACACACUCAACAGUGAUUUAGCAGACAAAGCACGGGCUCUCUUAACCACCGGCAGUCUCCGUGUCUCAGAACAAACAUUGCAAUCAGCAUCAGCAAAGAUACUGAAGAGUAUGUGUGAGAAUUUUUAUAAGUACUCAAAGCCGAAAAAAAUCCGCAUUUGUACUGGGACAUGGAAUGUCAAUGGUGGAAAGCAGUUUCGAAGCAUUGCCUUUAGAAACCAGACUCUCACUGACUGGCUUUUAGAUGCACCAAAGAUUGCUGGCAUCAGUGAAUUCCAAGACCGGAGGAGCAAGCCUGUCGACAUCUUUGCUAUAGGAUUUGAAGAAAUGGUAGAGCUAAAUGCAGGAAACAUUGUGAGUGCAAGUACAACCAAUCAAAAGUUAUGGGCAGUUGAAUUGCAGAAGACUAUCUCGAGAGAUUAUAAAUACGUUCUGCUGGCUUCAGAACAAUUGGUGGGUGUAUGCCUGUUUGUAUUCAUCAGACCUCAGCAUGCACCAUUUAUCAGGGAUGUUGCAGUUGAUACUGUAAAGACUGGCAUGGGAGGAGCUACUGGUAAUAAAGGUGCAGUAGCUAUUCGUAUGUUGUUUCAUACCUCCAGUCUGUGUUUUGUAUGCAGUCACUUUGCUGCAGGACAGUCACAAGUUAAAGAGAGAAAUGAAGAUUUCAUAGAAAUAUGUCGAAAAUUGAGCUUCCCAAUGGGUAGAAUGCUUUUUUCCCAUGAUUAUGUGUUCUGGUGUGGGGAUUUUAAUUACCGAAUAGAUCUUCCUAAUGAGGAAGUAAAAGAACUGAUUCGACAGCAGAACUGGGAUGCUCUUAUUGCAGGAGAUCAGCUUAUUAAUCAAAAAAAUGCUGGGCAGAUAUUUAGAGGCUUUAUAGAAGGAAAAAUAGCUUUUGCCCCUACGUACAAAUAUGACUUAUUUUCAGAUGACUAUGAUACCAGUGAGAAAUGUCGUACACCAGCCUGGACUGAUCGCAUAUUGUGGAGGAGAAGGAAGUGGCCUUUUGACAGAUCAGCGGAAGACAUGGAUCUUCUAAAUUCCAGUUUUCACGAUGAAAGUAAACUUAUUUACACAUGGAAUCCUGGAACUCUGUUGUAUUAUGGAAGGGCAGAGCUGAAAACAUCUGAUCAUAGGCCUGUUGUUGCAUUGAUUGAUAUAGAUAUUUUUGAAGUUGAUGCUGAGGAGCGACACAAAAUUUACAAGGAAGUGAUUGCAGUGCAGGGGCCUCCUGAUGGUACUAUAAUGGUCUCAAUCAAAGGAUCUCCUUCAGAAGAAAAUUAUUUUGAUGACAACUUGAUUGAUGAACUUCUUCAAAAGUUUGCAAAUUAUGGUGAAGUUAUACUGAUAAGAUUUGUGGAAGACAAAAUGUGGGUGACAUUUUUGGAAGGGAGCUCCGCAUUGAAUGUGCUGAACCUGAAUGGUGUUGAGCUUCUUGGGAAAACUAUCAAUAUUAAUUUGAAAAGCCCAGAUUGGAUUAAGAGCUUGGAAGAAGAGAUGAGUCUGGAGAGAGUUAAUAUUGGAUUGCCUUCAUCAACAAGUUCUACUUUACUUUGUGAAGAUGUAGAGGUUUCUGCAGACUAUGAUAUGGAAGGUGAUAUUGAUGAUUAUAGUGCUGAAGUAGAAGAAAUUCUUCCUCAGCAUCUACAGCUAGCAGCAAGUUCCAGUCUUGGAACUUCACCUGGCUCCUCACCUCGUUCAAGCCCCUGCCAGUCACCGACACUGUCUGAUGGGCAACCUCCAGCACUUCCAGUAAGACCAAGCAGAGCACCCAGCAAGACUCCUGGUCCACCUACAUCUUCUCAAGGUUCACCAAUAGAUUUUCAAACAAUUAAUCAACAAAGAGAGGGUACGCAAGGAUUGGAACCUAAACGCCCACCUCCACCACGCCCAGGAGCACCUCCUGCUCGCCCUGCCCCACCACAGAGACCACCUCCACCAUCAGGAGCUAAGAGUCCUGCACCUGCUAGAAAAGAAUGUGGAGGUCUUGGUGCUCCUCCCAGCCCUGUUGUAGCUAGGAGAGAAGAAGUUCGGAAAAGUCCAGGGACACAAAGGAGAGAUAUAGUUCAUGGUCAAUCUCCACCUCUAACAAGCACAGGAGCAUCUGGAUACAAUGCUAGUAGACCGACUAUUCCUCCCCGAGCAGGAGUCAUUAGUGCCCCAUUAAGCCAUGUUCGUCCUCCUGUGGGAAGGCCCACACCUGAACUCCAGCUUAAGCCGGCAGAGCCACCAAGAGGAUCACCUCUGCUUCCUGAACCACUUAAACCACAGACUGCAGCUCCUGUUCAUCCCACAUCUCAGCAGCCCUCUGUCCUAAAAAUGCAGGAACCUCUUAAACCUAUUGUGGCACCAUCUCAAACACCUUCUCCACAAAAUCUGGAAGCAGCACCACAGCCUCCCCCACGUAGCAAGUCAUCUCAAAGUUUGCCUUCUGAACCAGUUCCUUCAGAGAAACAAAUUAAAGCAAAUGGAGUUCAUGCUAUUCAGAAUGAAACACAUCUAAACAAUGAUCCUUUUGAAGAUCUGUCCUUUCAGCUGCUUUCAACAUCCAAGAUCCAGUCAUCAGUUGAAAUGUCACCGGUUGUAUCUUUAAACCAAAAGAAAAUGGCUGUGUUGCCUUCUGCAAUAGACAGUUUUAAUACUUUGAGUAAUAGAAAUUGCAUGCCAGCAAUUCCGGCAUAUGAUAAAGCUGAAGAACAUAAGUACAGUUCUUCAAAUAUAUUUACUAUCAGACAAAACAGCACAAAUCCCUUCACUGAAAAAACUAUUAUUUCUGGAAAUCCAUUUAGAACAGAAACCCAAGAAUCUGGAGUAACUUCAUAUUGCUCAACAGAAGGACUUGCUAAUUACACAUAUCCAACUCUCAGGCCUCCUAGUCAUCAAAUGGGCAGGGCCACAUUUUCUCUUAAUACAUUUGAAGAUAUUAGUUUGCAGACUACAUCUUCUGUAGCUAACAAUGGAAAACCAAAAGGAUGGGUAACAUUUGAAGAAGACGAUUUUGCAUUGAAGGUAAAGUCACUGGACAAUCCCACCAAAUUAGCUAGUUCCCUGAAGGCAACACAUUUUCCACGUCUAUUGAGUUCUGAUCAAAAUACCUUUAGUUCAGAUUGUACCAUGUUCAGUGCUCAGAAAAUAAGCUCUGACUCUUUCCAUUCACUGCCAACAAGACCUCCACCUGCACCUCCUGUACCAUCCAGAUCCACUAGCACCAAAUCAGCUACAAACCCCUUUAUUUCACAAGCACCUAAGGUUCUAUCAACACAAGAUUUUACUGAAAGAUAAAUUCUUUUAAAAUAUAUCUUAAGGGUAUCCAUUACCAUGGGCAUUGAUGUAAUUGUGUGUGCAAUAAUUUUGUCAGAUGCACUGAACCUUAAAUAUCACUAUGUACAAAAUGUUAAAGAUAUGUCUGUAUAUAUGGUAACGCACAAAGGUAAUUCUGGAAAUGAUCUUAUGCCACUUCUAAUGGGGCACAAUGCAGGGAAAGUUAGGUAUAUUUAAAUCCCUUUGUCAUUUUUAGGACCCAGGUAAAAAUUGCCUGUAUUUUCACAUCAAUUUUACAGUGCAACCUACAAACAUCACUGCUUCUGUAUAACACACAUUUCUAUAUUUUAGAUGAUACUUUAAAAUCUCUCUUGGCUGGUAGAACCUUCCAGUAUAUUAUAACUGAUGUAUUUAUAAAUAUGACCAAAGAACUGCCAAAGUUUAUUUGAAAUACUGACUGUUUAAGGAUAAUGUUGGAGAUAAGAAAUUAUAUAUCAGAGAUUUAUGAAAUUUCAAUAAAUUCCAAACAGGAGUAAAAUACAAUUUUAAAAGUAAACAGCAUAUAGUAAUAUAUUUUACAUUCCACCACAAAUAUAUUGUUGCCUUGCACAUAUAUGAAAUUUAAUAAUAAAUAGUAUUUAGUUUCAUUAAAAUUUUCCUUUGGACACUACUCACAUUGAAGAACUUUCCUGUUCUAGCUUACCAGAAAAAAUAUAUGAAUCUUUGCUUUUUAACUUGGAGCAGGAUCUCAUAACUGAUUAAAACAUUGCAGUCAUUUUGAUAUGAAGAUCUGAUAUGAAACAAUAAUUAGAUAUGUGGUCCAUAUAUUUCAAUUGUGUUUGUAUGCUCUCACACUAUAGAAGUGCUGUGUCUCAAAUUUUAUUUCAGCAGAAUAGACACUUUUCUGUAUUGAAACUUGUAUCACUCUUCUACUUCUCAUAGACAGAAGCAAGUUCUUAAUGCCACACAAGAUGUUUAUGGGGUUUAUGGUUUAUAAUUUUGUCUCAUUUUGUUUGCACCAUCCUUUGUAUAUUUGAAAAUGGGUCUGCCCCCACUGUUUUUGCAACAAAUGAUGUUUAAAUGUAUUUCGGUGUCAUGAAGGAAACAUGUUUGUUUUUUUGUGUUUUUUUGCAGUAAUUUGUUUAGGCAAACUGUAAGCUCCCCGUCUUUUCAUACUAUCACAACUAUUUAUAUUGCUUAUUUGCUUUUUAAAACUUAUGAAAACUCCUUUUUUUAGAAAGCUGUCACUAAAUAUGACUGUUUGUACUGCAGUUUGCACUUAUAUUAACUAUUAGAAAAGUUUACGCCAUGGCAUCUGAGUGAAGCACAGCUUUUCUCAGAGCAGUGAAGAAUAAAAUUACAUUUCUAAAUUCUUUUAAUACUAUCCCCAUGUAAUUACAAUAAAUCAUUCCAUGUAAAUGGUACACAUCUAUUAACAGCCGCUAAAUAGGGAAGUAAAUACAGUAACUUCUAUAUUGUGCAUUUAAAACUACUUGUACAUUUUGAAACAGUAGUGGAACAAUAAACUUUGUGCUUCAGUAUACAACUUAACUAGUUAAAAUUCUGAUUAUUAACAUCUAUGUGAUUGUGCUUUGGUAAAUGUUAGCAAAGCAAUUGUGUUCUGGAAAGUUAGUGCAAAUGACAGUUCAGUGAUAUAUGGUUUCUUGUUAACGUAUUCAUUUCAUUUAUUACAGUUUUUCUGUAAUAGUCAAAUAUAGGCCCUGAGUACCUUCAUUUGAUUAUAAGGUUUGACAGCAGAAUACUGCAAAAUUUGCAGAAAUGCACCUACAAGUGUAAAAUGAAUACCAUCAUAAGGUGUAUUGCUAAAGGUAAUCACUAGUAGAGAGUCAAAACUGCAACUUAUGAGGAAAAAAGGUUAUAUAUUUUCAUGGAGCGUGUUCCCUGUGGCAAAUUGCUUUGUAAAUGUGUAACAAAUUAUUGCUUGUGGUACACAGUAUUUUACUGUAUUCAUUACAAAAUGACAGUAUUAACUCAGUGGCCAACAAUAUGGCGUACAUAUCUUGUGAAAUGUGGUGUCAGAUUAAAGAAAAAAUAUAUCUACCUUUCA